CUUUUCUUCUCUCCCCCCAAAACCAAAGUUCAAAAGAACUAUUGUCCUUGAAAAUAGUCAAAAUAGCCUAGAUUCCCUCCAUCUCAUAGAUUAGCAAUUGAGAGAGAAUGUGAACGACAUGAAUCUCCAACAUCAACCCCAAAACGGCGUCGUUUUGCCUCCACUUUCGUCGUUCGUGUGCGACUGGGAACAAGACGAGCCUUUCUCAGAGGAAGACCUUCGCGCCAUCGAAGCCAUCGAAUCCCGCUUUUACAACAACAAGCGCCCCCGCCGCCGCCGAUUGCCGAGAUCACUUGUCGCUCUUCAGCACCCUAAUGCCCUUUCCUUGUCACCUUGCCAAGGCUACUCAAGGAUGCGGUUGCCUGUAAUAAAGUUUGCUGGCCAAAUUAUGUAUAGUAGGACGUUUGCUGAUGUAGAGAAAUCUGCAGAAAAGCUAUUGAAAAUUCUUGAAGAAAAGAAAAGACAGAUGGUGCAAAUUCCACUUGGAUUUGACAUUGAGUGGAAACCUAGCUUCAGAAGCGGUGUUCCACCUGGGAAAGUAGCAGUGAUGCAGAUAUGUCAUGGCACUAGCCAUUGUCAUGUUCUACAUCUAAUUCAUUCUGGAAUCCCUAAAAAUCUACAGAUCCUGCUUGAAGAUCCUUUAAUUUUGAAGGUUGGAGCUGGGAUUCGUGGCGAUGCUGCGAAGGUUUUUAGAGACUAUAAAAUAUCUGUUAAAGGCUUGGAAGAUCUUUCUUUUCAUGCUAAUAGAAAGCUAGGCGGAAGUCCACAUCAGUGGGGUCUUGCAUCUUUGGCUGAAAAGCUUUUAUCCAAACAGCUUAAAAAGCCAAACAAAAUAAGACUGGGGAAUUGGGAGAUUCCUGUUUUGUCAAAGGAGCAAUUAGAGUAUGCAGCCACAGAUGCAUUUGCUUCCUGGCAUCUCUUUCAGGCUAUUAAAGAUCUUCCAGAGGCCCAAGUGGAAAGUACUGAUAAAAGUGGCAAAGUGGAAGAUGUACCGCAACAAUGACUAUAUCUCCAACUCUGUGUUUGAUGUUUGUAAAUGGAAAGGCAAUGAUCACUUUGGUUGAAAAUUACUCCUCAAUUAAUGUUCAAUAAUUUGUCAUACAUGAAGCAUCAAACAUCUUUGAAAAUAUCACACCCUGAUCCCAUGAUAUUUGUGAUAGGGGAUUAAAAGCUUCCAGAACUUCUAAAAGUAACUAUGUAAUUCCCGCUAUAAUGGUUCGCAACUUAGCAUCAAUUGAAUAUCAAAAUCUUUGCUAUGAAAUAAAAUAUUUG